UGUCAUUGCUGGUUAUGCUUUGUAGCUUCUUUCUUUGUGAUUUCUGCUAGAAAUCUUGCUGGCGUGUUGCUGUCAUUUUUUGUGAAAAUUUAUUGAAUUUACCUAUAAAUAACUAAUUAAAAAAAAUAAAAUGUAUGGUGGAGAAGAGUUUGCGACUACGGAGUAUUAUGAUGAGUAUGCUCACACAGGUGAUCCACAAUUGGAUUUAGAAUAUGAACGCAAUUACUAUCGCAUGCCGGAUAAUGUCAAAUAUUUCCUCAUCAACUUUUGCCAGGCUAUUAAGGAGGGUGUAUUGUUCGACAUCCAGAAUAUGUAUGAAAACACUUUUCCACAAAUAAGUGAUCAUCAUUUCGAUAAGAGUGCUUGGCCUGAUGAGGAAGAAGUUGCUUCCUUAGUCGACAACGACAAGGUGUUCUUGAUUUUGUACAAAGAAUUGUACUAUCGUCAUAUUCAUGCCCGCAUUCCUGGUGGUCCCAAAUUGGAACAACGCAUUCAUUCUUUCUUUAACUAUUGUGAUUUCUUCAAUUUAAUCAUCUCUUCUCAGAGCCCAGUAUUGUUGGAAUUGCCCGACAUUUGGUUGUGGGAAUUGGUUGAUGAAUUUGUUUAUCAGUUCCAAAACUUUGCUCAAUACAGAGCUCGUUUGACUGACAAGACCCAAGAGGAAAUUCAUCAAUUGUGUGUAAAUCACAGCAAUGUCUGGAGUAUUUUAUGCAUUCUUAAUGUACUCCACUCUUUGGUUGACAUUUCCAAUAUCAAAAAACAAUUGGAAGCCAUUUCUCAGGGCAAUGAUCCCCAAGCUGUUGCUGGAGAAUUUGGUGAAUUGUCCUUUUACAAAAUGUUGGGCUAUUUCUCUUUGGUUGGAUUGUUGCGUGUACACUCUUUGUUGGGUGAUUACUAUCAGGCCAUUAAAGUUUUGGAACCCAUUGAAAUCCACAAAAAAUCAACCUAUUCUCAUAUUCCUGCUUGUCAGAUUUCCACCUCGUAUUAUGUAGGCUUUGCCUAUAUGAUGAUGCGCCGUUAUGCUGAUGCCAUCCGCACCUUCUCCGAUAUUCUUUUGUACAUUCAACGCACAAAACAAUUGUACAGCACUCGUUCAUAUCAAAACGAUCAAAUCAACAAACAAGCCGAACAAAUGUACCAUUUGUUAGCCAUUUGCUUGGUCUUGCAUCCCCAGUGCAUCGAUGAAUCCAUCCAACAAGUGUUGCGUGAGAAGAACUAUCACGAUGCCAUGUUCAAAAUGCAAUGUGGUGAUUUGGAUGUAUUUAAAUCGUUCUUUUUGUUCGCUUGUCCACGUUUUGUCAGUCCUUGUCCUCCAGCUGCUGAUGCUCCCAUGGAGGAUUACGUUAAAGAUCCCAUGGAACAUCAGUUGCAAGUAUUCAUGGAUGAAGUUAGACAACAAGCUGAUUUACCCACCACCCGCUCUUAUUUGAAACUUUACACCACCUUGCCAUUGGCCAAGUUGGCUUCGUUCAUUGAUUCGAAUGCUAGUGAGGAUGAUGUUUCUAAAUUGUUGAUCCGUUUAUUGUGCUUCAAGCACAAGAUGCGUAAUUUGGUUUGGACUAAGGGUUCCAGUGGUUUAGAGGGCAAAUUCAAAUCUGGUUCAGAGUUGGAUUUCUAUAUUGAUGAUAACAUGAUUCAUAUUGCCGACACUAAGGUAUCACAUCGUUAUGGCGAUUUCUUCGUACGCAAAAUUUUGAAAUUCAACGAUUUAAAUCGCAAAUUGAAAAAUAUUAACAUUUAAAUUAUUAUUUUAAUCUAAUAUAUAAAGAACUUGAUUUUGUAUCGUAUAUAACUUGUAGUUUAUUAACUAACUUUUGUGACUUUUUCCCAUUAUAAGAUGUAAUUAAAGAAAUAAAAAGAUAAGGCAUUUAUUUAAAUGCUUUGAAAAAGUCUAAA